CCUGUUAGGGUGUUAGUGUUCAACAAGACUAAUAUAAUACUGUUUAUUAAAUCUGAUAAUGGCGUAUGCGAGAUUUCUUGUGCAGGGAUGUAUUGAAUUGGUGAUCAUAAUCGCAAUAUGUCCAAAAGAAGGAAUUUUCGACGAGAAAAUAGCCAGUAUUAAUGACACAAAUGUGGAUCUCGUCUUCGAAUUCAACAAUACUUUUCAUAAUAUAAUUGUUUGUAAAAAGUCGGCACUCAUUGGAAGAUGUAUGGUCUUCGAUCGAUUUCCUGAUUGCUACACAUCUGAUUCGGCAGUAUUUAAGCUCUCUGCGAAUGUUAGCAUCAUGGUUGUGUUGACUCUCAGAAUACUUUUUUUCAAUGAGUCAAUGACAGGAAAUUACAGCUGUUACGAUCGUUACAAAGAUCAAGUACAAACUAUCAUCAUGAGCACUCCUGUGAACCUGACAUCAGUGUUAAUGACUCCGAACGCCCAAACGUUUCCAAAAUACAACGAGCCCGCCCUUUACACGUGCACCACAUCGUCAACCAAACCAGGUGCGACGAUACAUUGGUUUGAAGACGUACGCAACAUCACCGACAUGUCGAGUUCUACAUAUGACUCUUACAUUUCGACAAGUGUCCUUAGAUAUCUUCCAAUGGCCAAACGUGAAGCGAACGUUUCCUGCGUUGCAAUGUACAAGUACCGAGAACACCACAUAUCUAUUAUGAAAUCAACAAAAGUCUUUGUACAAUUUCCCGUUUCCAAACCAACAAUUUCAAUGUACAACGUCAAUGUAUCAGACACAAUCAUAGUUCUAGAGGGGGAAACGGUUCGAGUUCAAUGCCUCUCUGAGGGAUUUCCUACCCCUGCGUAUGCCUGGAAUUUUAAAGGGCACAUAACAGAUGGUCACAUACUAGAGUUGAAAAUCAAACGAACAGAAAAUGGAAGUGCACUGAGGUGCUCAGUAUCUAAUCUAUUGCUGACGAUAAACGGAAGCAAAACUGCCACGUCAUAUACGUAUUGGGCGGACAUCGUUCUCCAAGUAUUGUAUAAACCCGACAAACCAGCAGUUCUCGUCAAAACCUGCAACAAUACCAGUGUUCCUCUGAAUGGGUCUCUGACAUUGCUUGAAGGAGAAAGCUUUGAAAUGUCAUGUUCUGCACAUGGAUACCCUAUGCCUGCCAUUAACUGGAUUCCGCGACUUGACGGCUACGAGAAUAUACUCAGAUCGAAUCGUGUUUCUUACAAACAAAGAGGGACCUAUGCGUGUGUUGCAGAGAACGCCAUGAACAUUACUGCUACUGGUAAAAUAGUUGGGCGGAAUAAUGUAACGGUAUUCUUGGAUAUUAGAGCACCUCCGCAUCCUCCUGAACAGGCUCAUGUUUUAGCUGACUCAUUGACCGAGAAUUCCGUAAAAAUAGAGUGGGUACCAAGCAAAAACGGUGAUAUCUCUGAGACAUUCACUCUACUUUGGAAAGAGGAAAAUAUACAUUACUGGAAUGCAAUUACCAUCCCUUCGCCUACAACGAGUUUUUAUUUGCAAGGCUUGGUACCAGGAAAGAAGUACGAAGUAAAAUUAACGGCUGAAAAUAUUGCUGGAAAAUCAAACGGAACCGACAUAGUCGCCUUUCAAACUGACACUUCCGCGCAAGUUGCUUCUAUUGUUGGAGGAGUCGUUGGCGGCUGUUCCGGACUUGGGAUCAUGUGUGCGCUGACUUUCGUAAUAUACCGAAAAUACCUUGUGGGGAGAAACAAACAGCCUUUGCAAAGUAAUGCAUACGAGGAUAUAACGAAGGCAAGAUCACCAACAAUGGACCUCGAAAGCUAUUAUACAUCAGCUGGUCCAGUGAGCGAAUGCUAUGAGGAAACCGGUUUCCAUGGACGAAUCAACCCCACUUACUUAAAAGAUGUGCCACAAGAACAAGAGGAAAGCUACGAGUAUGUAGCGAACCCCAAGUCGAAGAAGAAAGACGUGACGCCAACGCAGUACGACAGCCGUAUCUAUUCGAAUUAGCCGGGACAGUGGAGAAAUUAUUUCGCUAUGCAUUUAACCAAUAUUGCAUCAAGGAAAUAACGGAACCAUCACUUAUGCUGUGUUGAUAAAUAAGCGAUGGCAAUACAAGUAUAUGUACAUAUACACUUAAUGAAACCUUUACGGAUUUUAUUUCAAUAUGGGAUGAAUAGCUUUAUGAUAAAAUCUGGACCUAUUUGUGUGGGCAUUGUCAUGUCUGAUCAUUAAACACAUAACCGAAUCGUUGUUUCUGGUUGGAAAGCAUUGCGAGUUGAAUUUGCAAUUAUAAAUUCAAAACGUUGUUGUAAUGCAAUAAUGUGCAGUAUAUGCGGUUAUAGUUAUUACUCCGUUGUGUUUUAAACUUCCGUAACCACUUUAUGCUGUAGAAACUCUUUAUUUUCUGAGCCAGCUUUCACAAAUUCAUGUGUCGAAAUGCCA